AUGAAGCUAUCGCUGGCCACACCCACUGUACUGCUGUGCGCAACAGCAGGGCAGGCUCUUCUUAUUCACCAUCCUGUCGGCGGCGGGCGGGUCCUCGAGACCACCGAGUCCGGACCCUUGAAAGCCCGCGACGAAAGUUCCGGAACUCUUCUCGUGCCUACCACUGGAGGCAUUGAGAAUCAAGUCUCCGCUCUCAUCCAGGCUGCUCAAGACCCGGAGGACAAGGAGAAGAUCCUCAAGGACCUGGAGGCGAGCCGCAAGGACAUCACCGAAAACCUCCUGAAAGCCCAGGUGGAGCUGCAGAAGGCGGAGUCGAAACUAGCAACGGAGCUGGACAAGUACGAGGACGCCAAGGAUAACACCAAGAGGGUUAAGGGGGACCUCGAUGGGCUCGAGAAAGAGAAGGUAGAGCUGGAGUCGCGCGUUAAUGCCACCAAGGUAAAGCUCCGUAAAGCCAAAGGCUCCUUGUUCAUCUUGUCUAUCAACCACAAGGAAGCGCUGGAUGCGCGCAAGAAGGCAGAUGACGAGGUCAAGGAGCUGCGCGAGGCGAUCAAGAACGUCGACGAGGCGAUUGGCAAUAUCGGUGACCCUAAGAACUAG